AAUCUCGCUUCUUGUGACGGCCGGCCGCCCAACAACCUGCCCGCUUGACCCUAUCCCCUCCUCUCUUCUCCAGACCAUUUCCGGGGACCUUCUCCCUUACCUCACCUCGCUCAUCAACUCAUCCCUGACCGCUGGCUACGUCCCUUCCGUCUUCAAGAGAGCGAGAGUUGCACCCCUUCUGAAAAAACCUACACUCGAUCCCUCCGAUGUCAACAACUACAGACCAGUAUCCCUUCUUUCUUUUCUCUCCAAAACUCUUGAACGUGUCGUCCUUGGCCAGCUCUCCCGCUAUCUCUCUCAGAAUGACCUUCUUGAUCCAAAUCAGUCAGACCUAUCGGCUGCCUUCGAUACUGUGAACCAUCAGAUCCUCCUCUCCACCCUCUCCGAGUUGGGCAUCUCCGGCGCGGCCCACGCUUGGAUUGCGUCCUACCUGACAGGUCGCUCCUACCAGGUGGCGUGGCGAGAAUCUGUCUCCUCGCCACGCGCUCUCACCACUGGUGUCCCCCAGGGCUCUGUUCUAGGCCCUCUCCUAUUCUCGCUAUACACCAAGUCACUUGGCUCUGUCAUAACCUCACAUGGUCUCUCCUAUCAUUGCUAUGCAGACGACACACAAUUAAUCUUCUCCUUUCCCCCUUCUGAUGACCAGGUGGCGAAUCGCAUCUCUGCAUGUCUGGCAGACAUAUCAGUGUGGAUGACGGAUCACCACCUCAAGCUGAACCUCGGCAAGACGGAGCUGCUCUUCCUCCCGGGGAAGGACUGCCCGUUCCAUGAUCUCGCCAUCACGGUUGACAACUCCAUUGUGUCCUCCUCCCAGAGCGCUAAGAACCUUGGCGUGAUCCUGGACAACACCCUGUCGUUCUCAACCAACAUCAUGGCGGUGGCCCGUUCCUGUAGGUUCAUGCUCUACAACAUCCGCAGAGUACGACCCUGCCUCACACAGGAAGCGGCGCAGGUCCUAAUCCAGGCACUUGUCAUCUCCCGUCUGGAUUACUGCAACUCGCUGUUGGCUGGGCUCCCUGCCUGUGCCAUUAAACCCCUACAACUCAUCCAGAACGCCGCAGCCCGUCUGGUGUUCAACCUUCCCAAGUUCUCUCACGUCACCCCGCUCCUCCGCUCUCUCCACUGGCUUCCAGUUGAAGCUCGCAUCCGCUACAAGACCAUGGUGCUUGCCUACGGAGCUGUGAGGGGAACGGCACCGCGGUACCUCCAGGCUCUGAUCAGGCCCUACACCCAAGCAAGGGCACUGCGUUCAUCCACCUCUGGCCUGCUCGCCUCCCUACCAUUGAGGAAGUACAGUUCCCGCUCAGCCCAGUCAAAACUGUUCGCUGCUCUGGCCCCCCAAUGGUGGAACAAACUCCCUCACGACGCCAGGACAGCGGAGUCAAUCACCACCUUCCGGAGACACCUGAAACCCCACCUCUUCAAGGAAUACCUAGGAUAGGAUAAGUAAUCCUUCUCACCACCCCCCCCUUAAUGAUUUAGAUGCACUAUUGUAAAG